ACAGGGUGCAUGAAAGGGUUAAAAUAUAUGAGUGUCGUAGUGUAGUUGUGGCGGAAUACUUACCGGGGCGGUAGUCUCCCCUUUUUAAGAGGUGGGAUGGGAGUGUGUGUUCCAACUUCUUUGUUUUACAGGGUGCCUUUUAUGGGCUCAUGAUCGGCCUCCUCAUCGGCUUAUCCAGGAUGAUCGCAGAGUUUGCUUACGGCACAGGCAGCUGCGUGGAGCCCAGUAACUGUCCCACCAUCAUAUGCGGCGUUCACUACCUCUACUUCGCCAUCAUCCUCUUUGUGGUCUCCUGCAUCGUCAUCCUUGGCGUCUCCCUCGUGACCAAACCCAUCGCCGACAAACACUUGUAUCGACUGUGUUGGAGCCUGAGGAACUGUACUGAAGAAAGAGUUGACCUGGAGAAAGACGACUGGGUGGAAAAUGUCAACAGUAUGGAGGUGGAGGGUAAUUGUCUCAUGAUUAAUAAUAACCCAAAUGGUGCAGCCAUGACCUUUAUUUAUUUUUUUUAAGAUACUACUAGUUAAAGUUGACCUUCGCUAUUCAUGGGGGAUAACG